AUGAUCGACCUCAUCCUCAAGGAGCCAGACCCUGAGCGAUGGUUCUCGACCUUUGUUUCGACCAGCAAAACGGCUCUAUGCAAAGGGGCCUGUUUAGUGGGCGAACAAGCGCGGAGUUCGUUCUUGGAUUCUACCACCUUGAUCUCAACUGAAGAAAGAUUCAUUAUGGGUAAAUUAUCCUUCUUUUCACACUGGUUCAACCCCCGCCAAUCUCGCAAGGAAUCUGCGCCAUCGACACCGCCCACUCCGGGAAACCUAUCUGUAUGGCUCCUUCCCUCUGUUCAAUCUCAAGAAUACACCGACUUGGCCAAUAUCAUUACCGGUCUUGCAGAGAAGCACUCUAACCACCCAUAUGCACCCCAUGUCACUCUCGCCAUGCUUCCCGCGUCGUUUCCCCCGUCCAUUGUGGAACGCGUCUUGCGCGAGAUGCAGUCGCGUCUCUAUCAGCAAAGCGUCGUAUUUGACAAUAUCAACACCAAUUGGGUUGGCAUAGCGGUCCACGGUCGAAAAUACGCCAGACCUCUGGCGGGUCAACCAGUUCAUGAGAAGAGUACCCUCCUUUGGCUUCAAGAAGAGUUUCAUCACCGUCUCAACGAAGAGCUCACUGCUGCAAUUCAGAGAGGGGAUCCAGAGGUGAUGGACCUUGGGUAUACGCGUGUGAACAAUAUCGUUGGUUCUUUUCCUCACUUUUCGCUUGCGUAUACCGAGGUGGGCCAAAAGGAGGGUGUACAGGAGCUUGAAGAGACGGGUGUUUUGGUUCGAUAUGGAGAAGAUUUACACGACUUGCAAAAGGGGAGUGACGACCUCAUUGGACAAGGAUUGACACUUGCUGGACAUCGUGGAUUCAAGGUUGGGGCAAUGUAUGCCGCAUACUGUGGUGGAUUCAAGCCAGAGAAGUGGAGAGUGUUCCUCCGCAUUAAUUAA